GAGAAGAGGAGAGAGAAUGGGAUGGUUUCCAUGCUCUGGCCAAUCCAAGCCAACGGCAAAGAAGAAGAGGAAGAAGAAUCGCUCGCUCGAUCCGAUUCAACCAUCUUCAGAGAGUAUUAGGUCAAAUCCAUUGUUCAAAACGAAGGACGUGAUCAAAGAUGGGGGAUCAGAUCAUAUUGCUGCUCAAACAUUCACAUUUCGUGAAUUGGCAGCUGCAACUAAAAAUUUCAGGGGUGAUUGUCUUCUUGGAGAAGGAGGUUUUGGUAGAGUAUAUAAAGGGCGACUUGAAAGUUCAAGUCAGGUUGUAGCCAUCAAGCAACUGGAUCGCAAUGGACUUCAAGGGAACCGGGAAUUCCUAGUAGAGGUGUUGAUGUUGGGUUUACUUCACCACCCACAUCUGGUUAACUUGAUUGGUUAUUGUGCUGAUGGAGAUCAAAGACUACUGGUUUAUGAAUACAUGUGUCUGGGAUCUCUGGAUGACCAUCUUCAUGACCCCUCACCUGGUAAGAAACGACUUGACUGGAAUACCAGAAUGAAGAUUGCUGCUGGAGCUGCUAAAGGGCUGGAGUAUCUACAUGACAAAGCCAGUCCACCUGUAAUAUAUCGAGAUCUAAAAUGCUCCAACAUACUGCUUGGUGAAUCGUACCACCCAAAGCUAUCUGAUUUUGGAUUAGCCAAACUCGGGCCUGUCGGGGAUAACACACAUGUUUCUACAAGGGUCAUGGGUACCUAUGGGUACUGUGCCCCAGAGUAUGCCAUGACUGGACAGUUGACUCUAAAAUCAGAUGUCUAUAGCUUUGGUGUUGUGCUUUUGGAGAUCAUCACAGGCAGGAAAGCAAUAGAUAAUUCUAAAACAGGAGGGGAGCAGAAUUUGGUUGCAUGGGCUAGACCUUUGUUUAAAGAUCGGAGGAAGUUCUGCCAGAUAGCAGAUCCAGUGCUCCAAGGCCAGUAUCCUGCCAGGGGUUUGUAUCAGGCUCUUGCUGUUGCAGCAAUGUGUGUCCAGGAACAACCUAACAUGCGUCCUGUUAUAGCCGAUGUUGUUACAGCCUUGAGCUACCUUGCUUCACAGAAAUAUGACCCUGAAACCCAUCCGAUCCAAAACUCACGCUGGACACCUUCCACUCCUCCUAGAUCAAAACGAGACAAUGACAAGAGACUGAAUGGCGGCAGCGGCAGCGGCAGCGGCAGUGGCAGUGGCAGCGGCAGUGGCAGUGGAGGCAGUGGAUCUGAGAAAAAUCACACCAAAAGAUUCUUUUAACUUUCAUGGUCGUGCACCGUUUGGUCCUGAUUUCUUUAAUUCAUCAACUAUGCCGAGGUAUCACUUCAAAUGCUGCCUUAAAGUAAAUUUAUAUCCAAGGGACACCUCUUUAACACUUGUCAAGUUAAUAACGCAUAUAAGUUUCACCCAGCUGGGUUUGUUAGUAUAACUUAAGAGGUCUUGAGUUUGAGUGUUACACUUGGGUUAUUGUCUAGUGAAUUAGGCAGCAAGAUUUCACCCUCCGGGCCUUCCUAAAUAGUUGCAGUGCAUCACCCACAAGUGGGGUUGUUUAGCUAAAUGACCUUCUUACAAGUGUUUUUUAAAUCCAUAACCUUCUGAUAGGUUUUCAGGCAUUCGUGCCAUUCUCCAACUUGUCAAAAGUCGUGGAUUUAAAAGAAACUGUGAGAAGGUCAUUUAACCAAAGGACCACAUCCAAGUGUGUAUCUGAUGAGCCUUAAACUUCAUGUUUACAGGUUUCUUUUAGAGUAGGUACGGUUGGAAGAAGUAGUCAGAUGACCACGAUCGGGUGGGUUUAUGAAACGACAUCUGUUUUUCGUGGUAUCUGAGGUUUUGGUUGUUUGUGAGUAGAUGCAGUGAUGCAUCUGUUUUAGGUUUUUAUUACUAUCUGUUAAUGUUAUAGCCAGUUUUUUGGAUUUUGAUUCCCUUUACCAGACUGCUGUAUUUUGCAUCAUCAUGUUGUACAGUUAUGUUAUAUAUAUAUAGAUAGAUAUAAAUGUAUUUACACGGC